AUGGGGAACUAUUUCACUGUAAAUAUGGAAGAAAAUUUCAAAAACAACCAGGAAUUUAUACAGACUAUAAAUAAAAUAAAGAUGGAGAGACAAAUUCAGCUACAAUAUCAAAUGCAAGAGCGUCAAGUGGCUAUGGACAUUGCGAAAAGUAGGGACACAUGUCUAUGGCUAACUGCUUUCUCCAUAACUGCUGCAACAGGCUUAUUUACUGGUUUCAGGAGGACUAAAAGACCCUAUCUACUUAUGCCGUUGAUACCUCUCACUUUUGUGACUCUGUAUUAUUGGGACCUGGCAUAUGGAAAUAAAGUACAUAGAAUAAGGAUGGAAGCUGAACACAUCAUGACACAUGAAGCAGAUUCCCUCGAAUGGCCUUGCGGUCUUCCAACACCAUCUUCCAUUGAUCUUGGACGUUUGGAUGUAGAAGACAAGAAGAAAAUACACCCGCCCUUUCUCUAA